GAAAUUUGAUUUUCUUAAAACAGACCUUCAAAUAACUAUUUCUGUUUCUUAAUCCCCACGAAUCCGACCUCUACAUUCCUCUCGGUUCUUCGACUCCCAUCUCCGACGCUUACGUCAGCAUCGUCACCGUUAUCGUCGCCCGGCGGUAAAGUACUCUGAUCGCCGGCGAAGGUAGUGAAGAAAUUUUGAAUCUUUGGGAGGUUGAAGGCUUGAAUUUGAAAGAUGACGCACAGAAGGGCUAACCCAGAUGAAAUCCAAUUGAGGAUUGAUCCGAUUCACGCUGAUGUUGAUGAGGAGAUCACCGGCCUUCGAUCCCAAGUCAGAAGAUUGAGAAACGUGGCUCAAGAGAUUGAAGUCGAAGCCAAAUCUCAGAAUGCUAUGCUCAAUCAGCUGGACAUGACUGUGAUGAAAGCUCAAGCGUGGUUGAAGAACAAUGUCAGGAGAUUGAACAAGAGCACCAUCCAGAGUGGUUCAAACCAUGUUGUCCAUGUGGUGUGCUUUGCGCUAGGUUUUUUCUUUCUGGUGUACUUUUGUUUAAAGUUUUUUUAGGUGAUGAAGGAUGAUCUCAAAAGUGCACCUUCCAAAUAUCUUUUUGUUCAAGAAGAGAUUUUCUGGAAUGCUGAAUUACUUGUCUCAUUGUAAAGCCAUCUCACGCUUCUGUUAGUAUAACAAGUUGAAACAUUGACAGUAGCGCUUCAGGUUUUUGAAAAUAUUUUGGUUGUAGCAGUUGCGUCCUACAAUCUUUUGUUUCAGACAUUACUUAUUAGAGAGAUAUAUGUAUAAGAAAGAAUGUUAUAUCAUUGUGAUUUUUUCUAACCUAGUCAGCUAGAUAUGAAUUGUUGCUCAUGCU